AUGGAGCCCCAUGAACGGAGAGAGGUCUUCGGACCUUUAGCGCAGCCGAAACAAUUUGUGCUUUGUUUUGAUGGGACGGGGAACAAAUUUGCUGGUGAUGAGUCUGAUACGAAUCUUGUCAAGAUUUAUCGCAUGCUUGAUCGCAGCCAAAGUCACCAAUACCACUAUUACCAACCCGGCAUAGGAACGUACGUGACAUCGCAUUCACUCGGUAGUAAUGGAAGAUUCGAGCGCAUCAAAUCUUCAUACAAGAAAGCCAAAGAUGCAGCGGUGGGGUCCUCCUUUGACGAGCACGUUCUCGGGGGAUACAAGUUUCUGAUGCGAUACUAUGCCCCCGGCGACGACAUCUACUUCUUCGGUUUCAGUCGAGGCUCAUAUACCGCGCGCUUUCUCGCUGAGAUGCUCGAUUACGUCGGUCUGCUCCAGCCGGGGAAUGAGGAACUGGUGCGAUUCGCGUGGAAGACUUUUGCCAAGUGGCAGCAGCGGAAAAGUGGCACGGAGCAGGACGAUAAGGAACGACAUAAACUUUUCCGGUUCAUGAAGGCAUUUCGAGAGACGUUUAGCAGGCCCGUGAGCCGGAUUAAGUUCCUGGGACUGUUCGACACGGUAAAUAGUGUGCCUAUGUUUGAGAAUGCUUGGAUGGAGAGGAGCAAGUUUCCUUAUACGGCGCAGACGACGGCUCGGGUGAUUCGGCAUGCUGUUUCGAUUGAUGAGCGCCGGGCCAAGUUUCGGCAGGAUCUGAUAUCGGAACUGAGAAGUGCAGCGCAUGGUCAGUUACAUUCACACCGAUUCAGGCACAUGCUAUCACGAGAGAAUCAUGGAAAAGCCAAUGUCCCUGAGCUUGUCCUGCCUGAAAAUGAGCCCAAGGCAGGGAGACAAGGGCGUCGCAGGUCUGGAUCUAGCCAUGGGUGGGGCGAAUUCAGAUACCGUGCCCCAUCGUCAUCACCAAUGCGCAAGGGAAGCUCUGAAUUGCCGAGGACCAAUGCGUAUUUGUCUGAUCAUCACUCAGUAAAGAGCGACGUCUCCAGAACAUCGCCCCGAGUCCGGAGCUUGAAUAUCCCGGGCAACGGAUAUGAAGAACAGGAUGAGCAGGAUAUCUCAGAAGUCUGGUUCCCAGGUCAACACGGUGAUGUCGGUGGAGGCUGGAAGCUCAACCCCGAAGAUCUUUGGCCAUUGAGUCACAUCCCUCUCGUCUGGAUGGUCAAAGAAGCGCAAGCUGCCGGAUUAGAAUUCGACCCGGAGAAGCUCAAACACUUCAAUUGCUAUGAGGAACACCCUAGCGCCAUGGAGGGUCCGAAAGAAACGAUAUUUUCAAACGGCCUCGCAGCACAUAAUCACCACCGACAAACCGAUAAAUUUAGCGAAGCUCUUAUGUGCACCAUGGACCAGGGCAUCGCACAUGACUGUCUCUCUUAUGGCGGUGGUCUUUCUUUCUUCUCGACCAUGGCGUGGCGAUUGAUGGAGUAUCUGCCUUUCCGACGAAUGGACCUCCAACCCGAUGGCACCUGGAUACCGAUUCGCUGGCCUCUUCCUUGCGGAGAAGUUCGUGAUAUUCCUGAAAACGCACAGAUUCAUAUCUCUGCUAUUCAUAAACUGCGGACUGACCCAAACUACCGGCCGGGGAAUUUGAUUAUUGGGGGCGGUGGACGUGGAGUUAGGUGGGCGCCGGAGGAAUAUGGUAUUGGGGAGUGGGAGGUUUGUAAACACGAGGGUGAUUUGGUGCGACAGACUUAUAUUCGGAAGAAUUGGAAGGAUCCUGCGGGGUUUUGUCAAGAUGAUCAUGCUCAUGAGGCAUAG